GUUGAUUAUAUAUAAAAUAUAUUAAAUAAAUAAAAAAGGGUAAAAGUCUAAAGCACUAAAGCAGUCAAACCUAAUUCAUUUUCCUGAUCGAAACCAUCUCAGCUUUUCGCUAUCUCUCUCUCAACCAUCUCAUGUUCUUCCCCAACUAUUCAUUCUGAAAACCUAAAACUCAUCUCUUUCAAUCUUAUUCUCUGUUCCGAAACCUAAACCCAGUUCAUUUCAUCCCAAAUUUCAUGUCAUCAACACUAAAUUCAUCCCAAAGUUUAAGUUCUGAAUCCGAUUCUGAUACUAAUUCAAUUCAAAAGCAAUUGUUCCAACACCAACUGAUUCUUCGAGGGUUCAGACAAUUCCCAAAACAUUCCAAGGCCGAGAAGAGAAAGCAAGCUAAAGAGGGAAAGAGAAAACGUGUUGGUCCUGCCAGAGAUGUUGCAGAUGCUACAAAUGCAGAACCUCAAGAAGAAGAACCAGCAGAAAGAUUCUGGGUGUGGGAGUACUUCAAGAAGAUCGACAAGCCUGUAUUCGAGGUCAAGGAUAGUAAGAAGAUUCAAACUUCUGUUAUUCAGCGAGCUAAAUUCAAUUAUUGUGGUAUUGAUCUUGCAUGUGAUAGUUAUGGGAAUGGAACUAGAAAUCUUACAAGGCAUAUACAAGAUGUUUGCAAAAAAUAUCCGAGGACGAUUGAUUUAAAAACUGGGCAGUAGGUUUCAAGUAUUGGGGGUACUAAGGAGCUAGUGAUGAUUAAAUAGAGUCAGGAUGCUUACAGGGAAACAACUUGCAAGAUGAUAGUUAUGGAUAAAUCGCCUUUCAGUUUCAUUAAAAGGCUUGGUUUUAGGCACUUUUGUUGUGUGGUUGUGCCUAGGUGGGAAGUAUCAUCUACAAGGGUUAUUGUGAGUUUUCGUCUAUGUAUGAUGCAGAAAAAAACAGAGCUUAAGAAUGAGCUUAGGUCUCAUUGUUUGUGCUUAACAACCGAUACAUGGAAAUCGGUGCAAAAUAUCAAUUACAUAGUUUAAACUGCCCAUUUUGUUGAUUUUAGUUUGACAUUGCAUAAAAGAAUUCUGAAUUUUAGGGUGAUUCCUAAUCACCAGGGGAUUAGCAUAGGGAAAUUAUUGGAGUCAUGUUUGAUUGAUUAGGAAGUAGAGAGAGUGUUGGCAAUUUUUAUUGACAAUGCAAGUGCAAACUAUUUUGCACUUGACUAUAUUAGGAAGAAGAUGUUAGGUUGGGAGAAAUCACCUAUUCUGGCAGACAAGUACCUGCAUGUUAGGUGCGUUGCCCACAUUCUAAACACAUUUGUGAGAUCAAAGCUUGCAAUGAUGGAAAGGGCAGUGUCUGCAAUCAAGGAAUACAAUUCGGUAUAUUAGGAGUAGUGGACAAAGGUUGGAUGUUUUUAAACAGUGUGUGGAGAAGGAUAAGCUAGAGUCUAAGAAGUUUUGCAUACUCGAUAUGCCAACAAGGUGAAACGUCUCCACCUAUUUAAUGUUGGACACUGCGUUGCAGCUGAAAAAAGCUUUUGACAGAAUGUCAGAGGAGGAGGAAAGCAAGUAUAUGAACUGCUUUGAUGAGGAUGAUGAUGUGGAUGAGGAAGAUGAUGAUUUGCAACUGCAAGUAAGGCAGAAACAAAGAAGGAAAAGAGUAGGACCACCUGUUGAGGAGGAUUGGAACAAGGCUGUAGUUUUUGUUAGGUCUCUAAAAAUUUUAUAUGAUGUGACCAUGAAGAUAAGCUCCUCAAACCACCCUACAUCACAGAAAUAUUUUCAUGAUAUAGUGGCAAUCAAGGCUGAGAUAGAUGACUUGUUUACGCCACCUGAGAUGCAAACUGGUUCAGAGACUGAGAAGAUCUUGUAUGACAUGGCUGUGAAGAUGAGACAUAAAUUUGACAAGUACUUUGGGAGCCUGGAAGACUGUAAUCAGCUUAUCUAUAUUGCCUUGGUGUUAAACCCAAGGUUCAAACUCUGAAACUUUGAGAGUAUCUGCAACAAGUAGCUUAAGGUUAAGCAUAAUGAGAUUAAUGCCAAGUCUGCGCAAGUAAAACAACUUUUGGUGUCCCGUUGUAAUCUAUAUGCAACAUCAAUAGGGUCUCAAGGAUCUCAGAGUUCAAGAAAAUCUAAAAGUGGAGAUAGCACAGUGAGCCAAGGCACUGAUGGCAGCAGAUCAAGUUCCAAAAAGCCAGUUCACCCAACUAGAAAAAUAUUAGACAUGGGACAAGACUGGGAAAGAGAGCUGAAAGACUCUAAAGAGGCUGUUGUUGGACAUGAGGUUUACAGAUACUUACUGGACCCAAUUGAGAAGCCUAAAAAUUCUCAAGAAUGCUAGAUAUUGAACUGGUGGAAGAUGAAUGAUAUGAAGUAUCAUAACCUUGGUGCAAUUUCCAAGCAUGUUUUGGCAAUACAAGUGAGAACAGUGGCAAGUGAGUCUUGCUUUAGCAUUAGGAGAAGGCUCGUUGAUCUUUUUAGUAGUUCUCUUAUUCCCAAAAGGGUGGAAGCAUUGUUCUGUUACCAAAACUGGAUUAAGUUUGAGACCAUUCACAACAUUCAAUAUGUUCCCACUAUUGAGGACAUGGAGUUCUAUGAAAGUGCGAAACAUGAACAUGCAAAUAAAGAAUGUGCUACAGUUGAUCAACCUAACCAUCCAUCCACCUCUAGAUCUUCUAAAGCUUCAAAGAAUGCAAAGACAGCGGAUGCUACAAAGGCAGCAAGCAAAACUGCAAAAGUCAAAUAAAGCAGCUGGAGUUGGUGAUGAUUUGGACUUUGGAGCCUCCAUUUGUUCAAUUUCUUGAUUUUAUUUCUAUUCUUUCAUUGUUCAACUUUGGUUUUAUGCAAUCGUGUAGACAAUGAUGAUAUGGUAUUCUGGACUUGUGUUUUAGGAAUUUGCAUUAGCCCUUAUUCCAUUAAAGCAUUAAGGCAUUGAAAAAGCUAUUUGGUGGUCUUGACAGUGGAUAGUGCAAUACUGCAGUGCAUUUUGCUGCAGUGUAACUCAUUUAUUUUUAUGUAUUUGUGUUCAUCAAUUGAUUAAGUUCAUGUAAUUGUUGCAUUUGAAUUGAUAUGUGAUCAUCGUUUCGCACUUUAACUUGUGUUGUAAUGAGCUUUGAUGAGUGAUUAUUGUACUAUAAUGCUUGAAAAGCCCCCAUUUCCAUGCAGGUACCAAAAAUGCUUGAAAACAGUUACAGAAUCAUGCAUGUGCAGGCAGUCCAGCUUCUGAAAAAAAGUUGGCUUUGGGAUCGAAAAGUCUGAAAACUCGACACUAAACAUAAUGGGUUGGGCUUAUUUCGGUUCUCACAUUUAAAAUAGACCGAACAUGCCUGGACCGAAUACUUCGGGCUCGAUCUCGGUCCUGACAAAUUUCAGGAUGGCCCGGCUCGAGCCCAGGGCUAGUUGUAUGUAUUAAUUGGUUAUAACCACUAAAACUGUGGUAGAUAUGUGAACUUCUUAAUUUAUAUAUGAAACCAGGCUCUUCUGGCUCCAUUGAAUUAUUAUUUUGGCCAAUAAGCAUGACUAGCUAAGACCAUCUCCAACAGAUUGGUCUUUUGCCACCUAGCCUUCCAACGAUUACUUUUGAAGGCCCAAAUUGUUCUCCAACGGACAUGCCUUUUCCAUGUGGAUUAGACAUUGGCCUCUCCUCUGUCAAAUUUGACAGCAUCUUCUCCUCCUGUCUUUUAUUUUUUUUUAUUGUUUCUCAGUGCAUCUCUCUCAUUCUCUCUUGCGUCUUUCUUCCUUCAUCUCACCCAGGACUUCAAAAUUUCAGAGAAAUUUCUCUCUUCAAAUUUCCUCUCUCUCCUUGAGUAUCAGGAACAUGGAUCGAAAUUUGUCAGAUUCAUCUUCAGAUGCUGCAGAUGAGGAAUUUUGGAAUCUUGCCAAUUCAUCAUCAGACGAAGAAUUGAUGAAUUUGCAGAUUAUUGCUCUGCAAGAGAAUGGAAGAAGGCGUUGGGGCUCAAUUCCUAGUCGCACAUAUAAAGAUAGACAACGAUUGCAAGGCCACCAAACACUCUACAAUGAUUAUUUUGCUGAAAAUCCUAUUCAUGAAGAAGUUGUAUUUCGGAGGAGGUUUCGGAUGCAUUGACAUCUUUUUCUUCGAAUUCUAGCUGCGGUAGAAGCCCAUGACUUCUAUUUUGUUCAGAAAAGAGAUUCAGCAGGCCGUCUUGAGUUAUCAUCUCUACAAAAGGUUACUGCUGCAAUGAGGAUGCUUGUCUAUGGAAUUGGGGUAGAUGCUGUGGACGAUUAUCUUAGAAUCGGUGAAACCACUGCAAUUGAAGCUAUGAGACUGUUUGUCCAAGCCUAUAUUGAUGUUUUUGGCGUUGAAUACUUAAGAAGACCAACUUCUGAUGAUAUUUCCAGAUUGCUAUUGAUUGGUGAGAGUCGUGGGUUUCUUGGAAUGCUUGGUAGUAUCGAUUGUAUGCACUGGAAAUGGAAGAAUUGUCCGGUUGCUUGGAAAGGCUCUCACAAUGAUAUUAAUGUCUUGGAGCAUUCACCUUUAUUUGCCAAUCUCCGUGAAGGCCGAGCCCCUCCGGUCACUUUUAAGAUCAAUGAUCAUGAAUAUACAAUGGGAUAUUAUCUAGCAGAUGGCAUAUAUCCUUCAUGGGCCACUUUUGUCAAAACCAUUCCAUGUCCACUAGGAGAGAAAGCAAACAUUUUUGCUAAAGCUCAUGAGGGAUGUCGGAAAGAUGUAGAACUAGCAUUUGGAGUGCUUCAAGCACGUUUCGCAAUUUUUCGUGGACCGGCUCGUUGUUGGGAUCGUGAAACGCUUCAAAAGAUCAUGAAAGCAUGUGUUAUCUUACACAACAUGAUUAUUGAAGAUGAGCGUGAUGAACGCAUUGCACAAGCUGAUCUUGAAACUCUUGCAAGGCAAUAUGCUGAACCAGAUAUGGAGAUUGAUGAUGUUCUGGUUUCACAUAAUCACACAAUAGAGUUUGAGGAUUUUAUCAACAAUCAUUUGCGAAUUCGUGACAAAGGAACACAUACUAUGCUCCAAGUAGAUCUAGUUGAGCACCUGUGGCACCGUCACUUGGCUAGUAUAAAUUGUAUUGGUUACUCUUACCUUCUUGAAAAAGACAUGGACACUUGCUUUCCAGUGUCUAGACCACCGGGUAAGAAGGCUGAGAAAAGAAAGCUGAAAGAAACCACUGAUCAAUUGGUGCAAAUUCAAAAAUUACAUCAAGAGAAAAAAGAAAGAGAUGAAAAAAAACUAGAAAUUAUGAAGGAGAAAAUUGAAGUUGACAAGGAGAAACUGUGAAUUAGAAAAUUUGAGGCUGAGAAUAGGAAAAUUGAUGUUAAGAUGAGAAUUAUGUCUAUGGAUACAUCUACUAUGAAUCCUGAGCAGAGGGCAUAUUAUUCCAAACUCCAGAUGAAAAUUUUGCAAGGUGAUAUUUGAAGUUUCUGAAGUUUAUUCCUCCAAUGGUUUUUGAAGACUAGUUGCUCAUGUAAUAUGCAACAUAAGUUUGUA